AUGACGUUUUACAGUGAGACGACACUUCGGCAGCACUUCGUUGCUCAGACCGGAAACGACCAAGACUUAAAGGUAUUUUGGGGUCGUAUACGUGAGAAGUUUUUCCCCGCAAUGGGUCGUGGUGAAUAUAGAACACCUGUUUUUUCGGGAAAGUGGGGUGUUAUGAGGACGAAGGUUACCAAUUUCAACAACAUAUAUACUAAUCUCGUCAACAGUAGUCAAAGGAAAAGUGGUUCGAGCGACGUCGACGUCAUGACCCAAGCCCACAACGACUAUAGAUUAUACCAUGGGCAUGUUUUUACGUUGGUAACAACAUGGGAGCUUCUUCGCAAAUCUCCCAAGUGGCAUCUUGUACCACCGGUCGACCCAACCCGCCCUAGAUCUAAACGGUCUGAAUUGACAUCCACCACUGAACCAUCAGGGUCUGAUGCUUGUACAAUAAUUAAUCUAAACGAUGAUGUUGUACCUCGACCAACUGGUAGGGAUAAAAGUAAGGCAGCGGCACGAGGAAAGUCUUCUUCAACACCAUCGGAUGGCCCGUCAAAGUUGAGCGACUUCGAGGAAAGUCUCAACAAAAUAAUCUCCAUUAGGGAAAAAGACCAACAAAUGAGAAUGGAGAAACAAACCCAAAAAGACAUGGAUUUUCUCGCAAGAGAUUUGUCAAAUCUACCAGAUGAGGAUCGAGUCAUUUUGGAGGCUCGUAAGGCACAAAUUCGGGCUUAG